CAGAUUGAGAACUCGUAUCCGUGAAAGAAAGGUAAGACAGAAUUCCUAUAUAACUUUACUUCAUGGCCACUCUACUAUAUUUUUAAGGCCAGCUACUUAAAAUCUCUUUUCUCUCCGACUGGGCAGAGCAAUACAAAGUGGAGUGAUUUUAACUUCAAUACAACAAAAUAGCUUUAUUUUGAUUAAAUGCACGAGGUUUGUACCUUUCAUGAUCUCUCAGUGUGUUCUCAUAAUGCGAGAUCGUUAACCAGGUUUUCCUUAUUGGUGAAAAAAGUGUCCCAAAAAAUGGUUAAGGGAAAAAAUGUAACUACAAUGAUCAUGUUUUUUUUUCUAUGUGAGAUAAAUCACAAUCGUCUACCUGACUUUUUAAGCGUAUUCCUAUAUCGAAUCAAUUAAAAAAAAAAAAAGCUUCAUUUUUUUCUUAAAUAAUAAUGUAUUUUUCUUCAUGUUGUCUUGUUUGAAUUAAGCACGUGCCUUGCGGUUUGAUGUCUGAGCAUGCGCAGACAUUUCCAGCUGUUCCAUCUUUUGCUUUAUUAACAUGUUUGUCUGGAAUAGAUAACAAAUUAAAAACAUAUAUAUAAGUGCACCUUCAUAAGUUGUCUAUGGUUCAUGCGACGACGGUAAUUAGUUCCAGUGGACAUCUAAAUUUAUGACCUAGCGACAUUCUGCAUAAUCAUUGCUGCACAAUUUACUAAACCAGAAGCCCAUGGGUAAUGGGCUCCUGACUAAAUCUGUUUCAAGCAGACUCUAAACAGACACCAAAAUAACAAGCGAAUUGCACAUGGCUUUAGUACGCCAUUCCCACCGUUCCUCGUGCGCCCGCUUUUCGCUCGUCUUAGUCCACUGACCUGCAGCCUCUUUUGAAAAGCGCAAUAUUUCGGGUUUUAUUCGAUUAGAAAAUGUAGAAAAUAUCAUAUCUGGAUUAUUACAAAAGUAUGUUAUGUGGGUGUCUUCAAAGUCUUAAGGGGCGAUUGAGGCUCACUUUUAUGGCUCUAUCCACAUCGGAAGAGACAAAUAAUAACAUCGUUGUUUCAUGUAAUCACGACGAAUUGCCAUAUGACUUUUACGAUAUCAGUAUCCACUGGAUAUAUAAAGCGUAACUUCUGAAGAUUCUAAGAUUUAUUAGGAAUAAAUUGAUUAUUAUAUUUACAGCUGUUAUUGGUCGAAAUUUAAAGAAUAAAACGUCAAAAUUUGUUAACAAUAUAUUUUACCAGUAAGAUUAUUAAAAUGUUUGUGAUAAGUUAAUUUCAAAUUCUAUCAAAGUUAUCAGGUAAAAUUAGUAUUUAAAUGCCUGAACUUUAAUUUGUUUCAAAAUGUCUCUCAAUGAUUUUUGGUUUGUUGAACAAUGUAAAGGAGAGAGGCUUAUUCUAUAUGCUUCAUGAUUCUCUGUUGAACCUCUUAAAAUUCUGUAUUUCAAUUUUGUAUACGUGAAUAACUUAAUGAAUAAAUAUAUCACUGAGUAAUAACUAAAUGGUUUACUUAAGUCAUAGCAAGCAAAUACCAUUAAUAAAUGUUGUUAAUAAAAGUCUCAAAAAGGUCGAGGAGAGAUAAAGUUGUUUCCAGUAAAUCGAAAGAUUUUUCUUCGCUGAUUCACUCGGCUCGUUUGACGAAGUAGCCAAUCGGCAAUUUUCUGUGAGUCACUUGUCGGCUUUCGUCGAUUUCGUAAUUUAACCCAUUAGCGACUUGCUUCUAUGGAAACACAGUCUAACUAAUCAGGAAUUCUGAUAUACUUGAUGAAACCUUACACGAGCUCUGCUGUGUAACUGAGCGACAGAUAUUAUUCAAGGUGAGUUUCUUAAACUUAAAUUUGUACCUGUGUUGUAACAAAUAAAAUAGGUGUUUAGUGCAUAAAAGAAACCAUAAAAUACAAAUGUUGUGCAAUAAAAUUAAAUACUAAUUGAUAUAAAUAGUUCGAUUAUUCUGAACGGAAUUAGUAAAUUAUAAACUGAUAAUUGAACAGGAAAAAAAACCUGAACUAAUUUUAUUUAUCUAUCUAAUCUUUUGAGACUUUUUUUGACAUAAUGCCAUUGUUUUUAUAAAAUUCACGCAUGUCGGUCUUCAAUCGUUAAGCACUAAAGAUCAAAUUUGUAACUCUCCCUUCUUGAUGCUACAUACGUCUUUGUGAUCUAGUUAAGAGACUUCGCUGCUUCGUCGAGAUUAGUGUGUCUGUUGUCACAACCUUUUCGCCGGAUAGGUUAUCAAAACUGUCUUACGGCAGGGUAGUCUAAUAAGUACCACCCAGAUUAAGAGGAAAAUGACCCAUAUUUUUUAAAAUUAAGUAUUGCAUUUCUCAACUCAAAAAAUAUUUGGAUUGAGACUGCUAUUUUGAAUUUGGGACGAAGUUUCAUUUUGAGCUGUUCGUAUGGAGUACAGCUUAUUCCUGAACUCCAUUGAACUAACUAAGAAAAAUGGUGGACUUAACAUUCGCGACUCGUACAUGAUAAUCAUUCAUCUUGUAAACAGUUGCAUUUACCUCAAAGACUAACCGUGACCUCUUUUGCGAUAUAAGUACUAGACAUUUCCUUUAUUUUAAAUCUCACCCAUAACGAAAUCCUUUAGUAAAUCGAUCAAUUUCUAAUUCUUUUGAAAAUGAUUGAAUUUCUCUUCAGAAUGGAUGUGGUCAAGGCUGGAUUGACAAUAUUUCUUCUAAUACUGACGAUAGACCUACCUGAAAUUCUGGGACGCAGUGUUGUAACGACACAAAAUUCUAGGAGAGUUAAACCAUCACCAUCAACUCAUACGGCCAACCAUCUGUGCGGUGAUAACCUUAUUUGGGUACUAAAAUCAGUGUGCACGGCGUUGUGGGAAUCAAAAUGGCCCAAACGAAGGCAUAGUCGCAAGCAUAGACGAGGUACUCAUACAAUGAUGAUGUUAGAAUAAUUUUCAUUUGAGUGUCUUGGGUAAUCUUAGAUUGCUUUAGGUUUACUUAGCUUUGCUCUGCGAUUGGUCCCGAAAACUUGCGUCAUCCUCAGGCUUAACCAAUCAGAUGCAAAGCUAACAACAAUUGGGACUUGGUCAUUCGCGUUUUCGUGCGCUUUUGGCAGUUUGCUUGUUUUCACUAAGAGUUCUCAUUGGCUCAUGAUAAUGUAAAACUUUGUCUUAAUCGGUCGCCGGGAUUACUCUGGUUUUCGACGCGCAAAUGAAACUACUCUCACUUAGGGGAAAACAGAAUGGCGGUCUGAAGGAACUGUUUUGAGUCCACCAUAUUCAUGAAUAAAUGAAUGAAAGGUGAGAUGUCUGAGAAAAGAAGAAAAUUUAGAAAAGUGAAUGAAUGAAAGAAUGGAUGGGGAGAUAAAUGAAUGAAUCAUGUGAAUGAUGGAAAGAUUAUUUAUUUUAAUUUACAAACUUUUGCAAUAGCUAUGACAUUUUUUACUUGGUAGAUACAACUACCGACCAAAUUGUUCAAAUGAAAUACGAAGCAACGGAUUUCCUGUCCUCGAUACGACGAAGGAGAGACAAUGAUAACAGAAGAAGCACCGACCUUCAAGAAGAAUGCUGUGGUGAGGGAUGCAGAGUGGAGGAAAUUGCAGAGUAUUGUUAAUGAAGCUAUAUUUGUCAGCAAACCUCGUCACGUUAAAAUCGCUUGAAUUAAGACGAAUGCAUGGAUGCACAAAGAGCUGAUCACUGUGAUUGGCCGUGUGCAUGCUGUUGCCAAUUUUACACGGAAACGGUGAAUACGGAAAGGUUUGAAAGCUGGUUAAGCCAUCGCCCACCGGGAGCGUACCCGACUGCUUACAAGGACAUAUUUUCACGCCAUUGCGAUUCGCUCGCAUUAUUUUAUGAACAGGGACCAAAUAUAUAUAUAUAUACAUAUGUAUAUAUAUAUUAAUUUCUCUUCACUGAUGUAUUUAAUCAUAUAAUCAUUAUCCCACUAUAAUAUCGGGGACCGCUCAUUAUUUAUUGCCUGAGGAGUUGGAAGAUUUUGGUUAUGUCACAACAAAAUUUACCUGUUCCUCCCAUAGCGUUCUGUAAAAUUGCUAUGAUCCCUUCCCUUAGAUAAUUGGAUGUCUAUUUCCUAUAUUCUUUUGGUGACGACUGAUCCCGUCCGUCCAUCCCCCCUGAAAACCACAUAUUCUUCCCAAAGUCCUUCACCCCCCCUUAGGCGACAAAUAAUGAAUGCUCCAUUACGAUUUAGGAAAAAUUGAUGAAAUAGAUAGACACUGCUCUUCGCAUGACGAGCAAACGCAGCCUCCACAGAAUUAUGAGCAAGCUUUAAUGGCCAAAAGCAUCAUUAUCACUACAGUUACUCUCAUAAUAAAUAUAUGUAAGAUAAAACGUUAUCAUGCGUGAAAAGUUUAAAAAUGACAGUCUCCAAUUUUAUCAAUUCACAAUCUCGGUACAUUAAGUUGAAGAAAAUAAUACACAAUGUGUAAGCAUCAAGUCCGUAAACUUACAUAGGUAAAUAACCAAAUUAAGGUAAAGUUGUAAAUAUUAGCUCACAUAAGAAAAGCUUUGUAACGAAAUAUAAUAGAAAACCAGUUAUAUUUUGAACUUGCGCAGCGUUUGUCGUCAUUUGGGAUGAUUCUAAGCAAAGCCGGAGAAAUCUACAUGACUGGGCAUGCCCUGACUUGAAAGUCCCGGCAUGAUGAUCGAGAAUAAUUCCAAAAUUAAUUCUGUCAUUUUGUCUUGUGGAGGAAGCGCAUGCGACAGUUUGAAAAAUCUCAGUUCUACUUGUGCGAGAGAAAGAAAAAAAUGUUCCUAGGACGCAUAAAAGUACUUGUAUUCCUAGUUCUUGUUGAAGAAGGGAUCCCAUAGAACAACCUUAUAAUAUUACUUCAACUAGAAAGCCGUUCAUUUGCGGUAUCCUUUGAUGUGUGUUUUCAUACAUAUUACAGGAUACUGCAAAUGAAUAGCAAAGAUACCGGCUAUCAAAUUGUGAAUGUUCUUUCAAAAGUAUCUCCACUAUCUAAAACGGUUGAUUUUUUAUCGAUUUUCCGACUGUCUCAACUGAACAUGAGCACAGAGCGAUAAAUUGAUUAAUCAAACAAAUAUGUGUGUUCAUCGCCGUAAAGAAAAAAGUAGGUAAUUGUUUCAGCUUGGAAGAAUCUGCUCUCAUGUUUCAAUAGUAAGGGCAUAAAGCCAAUGUGCAAAUGAAUCUGUUUGGGUUUCAGAUCUGUUGUAGGAAUAUUCGUAGAGAUAACUUUUACCUCAUGAAAAGUCGUAUUGAGGGUUUUGAAUCCUUUUUAACUACCAAAAGCUGGGUAGUUCUGUUAGAUUAACUCAACCAUGUGAGCUUCUCAAAAAUUACCUUGCGUUCUGCACAAGAAAAAGCUAACUUGACUGUCAAAAAUGAUAGAUAAAAUUAAGUUUUUUUAAAAUUACCUUUAAGUGUUAUAUUCCUAUGGACAGAAACGUGUGCCCAGAAACAAAACCUGAGAAGUACGAUAUGUGCUCUUCUUGUUGCUUAAAAUUUCGUUAAGAUCUUUGAAAGUUGUUGAAACGAUUUCAGUCACUGUUUGUAGAUGUUUAAAUGUUUUUAACCUCAAUUUUGUAACGUUGUCAACUGCAAUUUGUGUCAACCGUCGUCAUGGUUUAUCCUUAAUUCUCUUAUAUUUUUCUUUAAGCUGAUAAGAGAACAGUUAUCUCAAAGAAUAUUUCAUUUACAUGCUCAAAAUCACUCAAAUAAUCAUUUUCAAAUGCAAUUAAACUUGCUCAUUGCGUGGGCUGAAGGAAGAGUAAACUCUGAAAAUUUCUGUGAUAUCUUUCUGCUCUGUUGAAACUGCCAUUAUUUUUCAUUUUAAAGCCGGAAAUUGAAAUGUGGUGACACUUCUUCCUUUCAACACGGGUGUCGACAAGAGUUAAUUUAAUAUUUGUUAGAUUCCGGUUAAUAGACCAAAAUUAAACUCGUUUUUAAUUUACAGUCAAUAAAAAGGAAAAUAUUUGUUAUGUAAUGCAAGUGAAUUUCCGAUUCGGCGUUCACACCAUAUUGGGUGAACAACUGUUAAGUGCUUAACUUUAAUAUGGAGUCAUAGCAAUGAUUUUGCACACAACUGUAAUUGUAUUGAUAAAACAUGUUGAGAAUGACUAAUAAUUUUGGGUGUUUUCUACGAAGUAUGAUCAUUUACUGACAUGUAAAGUGUUCCAGAAAUUCUUGCCAAUCAACAGAACAAUUGUUGAAAAUUUCAUUUAGUUGGGAACGGAGAACAUUGAGGUGAAAAUUAUUAUGUAAACAAAAGCGUUAGAUUUCUUUAUCAUCCGUUUGUCCAAUCAAAACCCGGGUCGGGUUUCCUUAUAAAGAAGUUUGAAAAACAACGUGAGUGAAUUUCCGGCGAUUUGAAAGAGUUUUCACAAUUUCAGCGAGAUUUUAAAUCACAUUUUUGUAUGGUUUUAAUGCAUUUUUACUUCAUUGUAAUUUAGUACAAGAAACGUUCUGCUGCUCUGAUAGUUAAAGAAGUUUUCCGUUUCCUUUCGAGCAGAAAUCUCCGAGUCAUAUCUAUAGGUGAGUGACAAAUAGUCAUUCAACUUUCAAAUUCUUUUAUUUUGCUUUAGGUAUAUUACAUAUUUCACUGCUAGCUUCAAUAUGCUGGAUAAAGGAUUUCCAGUAGUUGAAAUAAGCUACGAUGGCAUAAACAUAUGCAUGUAGAUCUAUGAAAAUACAGAAUUCAAAGGAGGAAAACACUAUGAUUCUUGUCUGCUGUUCCUAGUGAUCAAACUUAAGAAGUCCGUUGUCGUGAAAGCGUUACAUUUCAUUGUAAAGUUUAUCUGAUUCUAGUAAAUUUUAGUUCACUGUUUGUUGUUUUAACACUGUAAAUGACACAAUUGCCCUGAAAGAUUGGGAGAGAAGAGGAUUGACUGAUUCGUACCUUCGCUAGGUUCUGUUCUGUACCUUAAAGAUUUUUAACAAACAUUUCCUAUUUAUUAUUAAUUUUUUCUCAUUAGAAUUUCCUCGAUUUGAGUUUCAAAGCCAUUGAGCAAAAGUCUCAUCAAUAGACCUUUCCCUUUAGCUUUUAUGUUUUGUUUACCAAUUUCAGGUCUCAAGGGAAUUCCCAACAUUGCCUUUUGAAAAUUAUUCGUACAUAUGCCUGUACUUAAAGAAAGCUUGAAAGAAACAGUCUAAAGUAUUAUUGCAUGACCUGAAAUGGGUGAACAAAACAUAAAAGCUAAAGAGGUCUAUUCUUCAAUCCAGCUUGAUUAAAAACUGAACACUUUUGCAAAAUAAGACAAUAAGUUUUGACGAAGAAAAAUUGGAGGCGAACGCUGUGUUUCUACCGCGCACGAUCAGGACAGUGGAUUGUGGCCAAACAUUUUAACAGUGUUUCCAAGAGUGGGCGUUAUUCUGGUUUAUAUUUUUGGUAUGUUCUGAGCACAUUUUUAUCAAUUAGGGAUUUAUUUUCUGUUUUAAGCGAAUAUUUUCUUUUGUUCAUGCUAUGUUGAUGCCGUGAUCAUGCUACACCAUUGUCGGCCCUUUACACGGAAGUGAAACAACAUAACAAAUUCGUAAUUAAUCCUCGUCAUGCGGGUGAACAAAAUAUAUUACAUUGAUCCAUUCAAAACCGCGUUUGUUAUAGUUAAGGAUCAAUGAAAAGUGCGCCCUACAAGUGAUCGACCGGUUUCACGCUCGAGGGACCGAUGACAAGUCAAUAUUGCAAACAGCAAACUGUGGAGUGAUAUUCCCUUUUCCAUCAGAAAUAUUGAAUCCUUAGACAGUUUUAAGAAAGCUGUAAAUAACUUUUUUUAUCCACAAAGCUUUUAAAUUUUAUCUAUAUACAUAUUGUGUUUCUAUAUUUCUGUCAUUUUUAAUGUUUUUUACUUAAUACUUAAGUGUAGUUCAAUUUUUAAUAUUGUGAUGCAUAGUUCAACAUUUUAUAUAGAUAAUUGCGCAAUGUAAGUCAAUCAGUUAUUAUUAUUAUCCAGAGCUUCAAGAUGCAUUCGAGCCUGCGAUUUACGAGCCGAAUAAGUUGGACAAUUAAAGAUUACCUAUUUCGGGUCGAAACUUAUUUUGAUAGCAAUUCCUUUCGAGCUGUAAAUGCAACUAAAUAGUUCAUUAAACCUUUAACUCUCAGACCAAAUUUGUAAUUCUCCUUACUGUCAACCAUACAAUUCUUAUAAUGUUAAUUCAAAGAAUUUAGUAUUGGAUCAACUAAUUAUCUCCAAAUUGAUAGUUUCCUUUACUCUCAUUACAUGUCUGGUUGAUAUUGUAUUAAUAUUGUAAGGAGAAAUUCUGUCUUGGUCACUCCUGGGAGUUAAAGGGUUAAUCUGGUCGGGCAACUUGAAUAAUAUUGCAGUUUGGUCCAAAAUUAAACGUGUGAGUCAACUUGGACCGUGCGCGCAGCGUUAAGUUAAUGUGGAACCACCAGAAUGAUUUCCGAGUAAAUCACGCAACUUCCUUGAAACUAGAUUUCAGCAUAAAAAUAUCUUAGUGUUACGAAAGAGCGAUUCGUAGAUAGAUCACACUAUUGAAAUCUGAAAAGUGAUUAAUUGUUUUUGUAUGCUGAUCCAAUCCCAUCAACAGAGGCAGAAAAAGAUGUAAGUUUAUUCCAAAACCCGGUGCGAUUCGUGAAUAAAUCGCACAGUUAAGAGCCUAUCAGAUUGCAAUAAUCACUAGUGACUUCAAAGUAGAUGUCAUAAAUAAGAUUUCCUUAUAGUUGGAACUAUUUAGUCAGCAUUUUUUGACUUUUAUAAGUAUUCAAACCUGAAAAAAAAUAUCACAAAUAUGUCUUUGUGUUUGUCUUUCUUUUCUCUCUAGAAUGAAAAUGAAAUUUUUAAUCACCAUUUGCAUUCUCUUGCUCAUGGCUGACCUGCCUGGAACAAAAGGGCGUACCUGCAAAAUGUGUAAAGUGAAUGAGGCGUCUCCUCUUCCGGUUGACCUGCCGCGCUUAUGUGGUGAUAGCAUAAAAAGUGUUUUUGACGAGGUCUGUUCAGUGUCCGUGAGACGAGGACGCAGAAGAGGUAAACAUAACUCAGUGUAAAAUUGAUGUUAGUCCAUUGUACAGUUUUAGAAACGAACCAGGGAAUUUUGGACAAAUUAAUGUGGUCGUGAUUUUCUGGUGAACUUUGCUAUCAUUAGAGUACUACAGAGGCUUAGAGGGGUGUUACGUAAAUCGACGACCCAUAUCGUCCCCCCACCCCCCCGCCCCGUGAUAGAUAAUAACCUGUCCUAAAGGUUUCACGUGUGGGAGUUUGAGUCAGUAGGCAAGUAUAAAAUAUUGGAAUAACAUCCCUUUUUAAUAAUUGUAUUCUAAGGUGUACAUAUAAUUUUUAUUGAGGAAAAAAAACUGAAUUGUUUUCUUUGUCUGCAGAUAUGAGCACUGAUCUGUUUGUUCAAACGAAAAAUGAAGCACAAGACUAUCUCUCAUACAGAAGACGGAAGCGGGGGAAAGGAACUAAUAUCUACGAAGAAUGCUGUGGUGAAAAGUGUAGAAUAGAAGAAAUUAAGGAAUAUUGUUAAGCCGACGACUCCAUAAUUUUUUUGCGGACAGCUCUGUGUUAAAUAAUGCCUCUUAGACUUUAUGGAUAUCAAUCUAGAUUUGUCGACUGGUCGAUCAUGCAGUAUAGAAGUCUCGCUUUGGUCUCGCCUCGUGCCACGCUCUCAGAGACCUUACUAAUUGUAAAGAAAUAGUUGUGGUAAAAAAU